CGCACUAGCCGACCCCGCCCCCUCGCCUGUGCCGGCGCGCGCCUGUGCAGCAGCCGCUCGCCGCCCCCCCUCCGCCGGGCCGGGCUGCGCGCGCACCCACGCGGCGGUCUCGCGCUCCCUGCCCCCCGCCUCCCUCCCUCGCUCCAGCCGCCGCCGUCGCUGCCGCCUCCGCCCGCCGGGAAGGAGAACGAAGCCUCCGCCGCCUCCGCCAUUACCGCAGGCCGCGCUCGCCUCGCCGGGACCGGAGGGAGGAAAGGGGCGAGGGGAACAUGGCGCCGCCUCCGCCUCCUCCUCCUCCCGCUGCCGCCGCCUCUGGCCCUUCUUGGCCGCCCCGCCCCGAGAGCCCGGCCCGGGCCCGCCGCCGCCCCGGGGGAAAUGCUGUCUGUCCAGUUGUGAGGAUCAGUGACAACUGAACCACUGGUGGUGUGUGCAACAUGGGAACAGCCAUCUUCGUUGUCUUGGAGACCAUCCACCUGGAUUGCUGAUAAUCACUGCAUCAUUUCUGAAGUUUGCAUGGGGUACAGAAGACACUAAUACUCUAGGAAGCAGCCAAGUGUGGCAGGAUGUUUGGACGAUGAUGAUGGCAAGGAAGCAAGAUGUUCGCAUUCCCACCUAUAACAUCAGUGUGGUGGGAUUGUCUGGAACGGAAAAAGAGAAAGGGCAGUGUGGCAUUGGAAAGUCCUGCCUAUGCAAUAGGUUUGUACGGCCCAAGGCAGAUGACUUCCACUUGGAUCACACUUCAGUUCUCAGCACUAGUGACUUUGGAGGGAGGGUUGUUAACAAUGAUCACUUCCUCUACUGGGGAGAAGUUGUGCGUUCCUUGGAGGACUGUGUGGAAUGUAAAAUGCACAUUGUGGAGCAGACUGAGUUUAUUGAUGACCAGACUUUCCAGCCUCACCGUAGCACGGCCCUGCAGCCCUACAUCAAGAGGGCAGCUGCAACCAAACUUGCAUCAGCUGAAAAGCUCAUGUAUUUUUGCACUGAUCAGCUUGGGCUGGAGCAGGACUUUGAACAGAAGCAGAUGCCGGAUGGGAAGCUGCUUAUAGAUGGCUUUCUCCUCUGCAUUGACGUCAGCAGGGGUAUGAACAGGAACUUUGAUGAUCAGCUCAAGUUUGUUUCGAACCUGUACAAUCAACUCACGAAAACAAAAAAGCCAACCGUAGUGGUCCUGACAAAGUGUGAUGAAGGCGUGGAGCGGUACAUUAGAGAUGCGCACACUUUUGCCUUAAGCAAGAAGAACCUCCAGGUGGUGGAGACAUCUGCCAGAUCCAAUGUGAACGUUGACUUGGCUUUCAGCACUUUAGUGCAGCUGAUCGACAAAAGCAGGGGCAAGACUAAAAUUAUCCCUUAUUUUGAGGCUUUGAAGCAGCAGAGCCAACAGAUCGCUGCUGCGAAAGAUAAGUAUGAGUGGCUCGUGAGUCGCAUUGUUAAAAAUCACAAUGAGACUUGGUUGAAUGUCUCACGAAAGAUGCAGUCCUCUCCAGAGUAUCAGGAUUAUGUGUAUUUAGAAGGGACACAGAAAGCCAAAAAGCUCUUCGUGCAGCACAUUCAUCGCCUCAAACAAGAACAUAUAGAGCGUAGGAGGAAGCUGUAUCUUGCUGCUUUGCCUCUUGCUUUCGAUGCCCUUAUUCCGGACCUUGAUGAAAUAAACCACUUGAGCUGUAUAAAAGUUGAGAAGCAGUUGGAGACGAAGCCGGACUUCUUAAAGUGGUUUGUUGUUCUGGAGGAGACACCCUGGGACACCACUAGCCAUAUAGACAACUUGGAGAAUGAGCGCAUUCCAUUUGAUCUGAUGGAGACCCUGCCUGCACAGCAGCUUUAUGAGGUCCAUCUAGAAAAGUUGAGGAAUGAGAGGAAAAGGGCAGAAAUGAGAAGGGCCUUCAAAGAGAAUUUGGAGACUUCACCUUUCAUAACGCCAGGAAAACCUUGGGAAGAGGCUCGUAGUUUCAUCAUGAACGAAGACUUCUACAUGUGGCUUGAGGAGUCUGUCUACAUGGAUAUUUACAGUAGGCAUCAAAAGCAAAUUAUAGAGAAGGCAAAGGAGGAGUUUCAGGAGCUGCUUUUAGAGUAUUCAGAACUGUUCUAUGAGCUGGAGCUUGAUGCCAAACCCAGCAAAGAAAAAAUGGGUGUCAUCCAGGAUGUGCUGGGUGAAGAGCAGAGAUUUAAAUCAUUGCAGAAGUUACAGGCUGAACGAGAUGCCCUGAUUCUGAAGCACAUUCAUUUUGUGUAUCACCCAACAAAGGAAACCUGUCCUAGCUGUCCAGCUUGCAUAGAUGCUAAAAUUGAGCACUUGAUAAGUUCCAGGUUUAUAAGGGCAUCUGAUCGCAACCAGAAAAACUUGCUUUCAGAUUCCAAUAUAGAUAGGAUCAACCUGGUCAUCCUUGGUAAAGAUGGACUUGCACGUGAGCUAGCAAAUGAGAUUCGGGCUCUUUGCACAAAUGAUGACAAGUAUGUGAUAGAUGGGAAAAUGUAUGAGCUAUCCUUGAGACCAAUAGAGGGUAACGUUAGGCUUCCUGUUAAUUCUUUCCAGACACCAACAUUUCAGCCACAUGGUUGCCUCUGCCUUUAUAACUCUAAAGAAUCUCUGUCUUAUGUUGUUGAAAGUAUUGAAAAAAGUAGAGAAUCGACCCUUGGCCGAAGGGACAACCACUUAGUUCAUCUUCCUCUUACUCUGAUCCUGGUGAACAAGAGAGGAGAUCCCAGUGGCGAAACACUACACAGCUUAAUACAGCAAGGACAGCAGAUUGCCAGUAAGCUACAGUGUGUCUUCCUUGACCCUGCUUCUGCUGGUAUUGGAUAUGGGCGUAACAUUAACGAAAAGCAAAUCAGUCAAGUUCUGAAAGGCUUGCUAGACUCAAAACGCAACUUAAAUCUGGUGAGCUCAACAGCGAGCAUUAAAGACCUGGCUGAUAUUGACCUUCGGAUUGUCAUGUGCUUAUUGUGUGGAGAUCCCUUUAAUGCGGAUGAUAUCCUUCUACCCAUUCUUCAGUCCCAAACCUGUAGGCCUUCCCAGUGCGGAAGCAGCAAUUCUGUGUUACUUGAACUUCCCAUAGGACCACACAAAAGACGCAUAGAGCUCUCCUUGCUUUCUUACCAUUCUUCAUUUAGCAUUAGGAAAAGCUGGUUGGUCCAUGGCUACAUUUUGUUUUAUUCAGCUAAACGUAAAGCGUCCUUGGCUAUGCUACGUGCCUUUCUUUGUGAAGUGCAGGAUAUUAUUCCCGUUCAGAUAGUUGCACUCACUGAUGGCUCGAUAGAUGUUCUAGACAAUGAUUUAAGUAGAGAGCAGUUAACUGAGGGAGAAGAAAUUGCGCAAGAUAUAGAUGGAAAGUUUACAACCAUACCUUGUAGGCAACCGCAACAUAAACUAGAGAUUUUUCACCCAUUUUUCAAAGACGUAGUGGAGAAAAAGAAUAUAAUUGAAGCCACUCACAUGUACGAUAAUGCUGCUGAAGCCUGCAGUACAACAGAAGAAGUGUUCAAUUCCCCCCGGGCUGACUCGCCUCUCUGUAAUUCAAACCUUCAGGACUCUGAAGAGGAUAUUGAGCCUCCAACGUACAGCCCUUUCAGAGAGGAUCCGUCUCUACCCACUUUGUCCAAAGAUCUUUCUAAACUUUCCAUGGAACUGGAGGGGAAUGAUGGUCUUUCUGUCUUUUCUGUUAUGAGCACUUUUGAAAGCAAGUUGAACAACAAAGUACCUCCACCCGUGAAACCAAAGCCCCCUGUCCACUUUGAUAUUACAAAGGGGGAUCUCUCUUAUUUGGAUCAAGGGCAUAGGGACAGACAGAGACAGUCUGUGUCUUCUAGUAGCUGGCCACCUACAGAUGGCUUUGACCCUUCUGAUUAUGCAGAACCCAUGGAUGCAGUAGUGAAGCCAAGAAAUGAGGAGGAAAAUAUCUACUCUGUGCCUCAUGACAGCACACAAGGCAAAAUCAUCACAAUCCGUAACAUUAACAAAACUCAGUCCAAUGGUAGCGGCAAUGGAUCGGACAGUGAAAUGGACACAAGUUCCCUAGAACGUGGCCGAAAGGUGUCCAUCAUUAGCAAACCAGUGUUGUAUCGGACAAGAUGCACAAGGCUUGGCAGAUUUGCCAGUUACAGGACCAGUUUUAGUGUAGGGAGUGAUGAUGAGUUGGGGCCCAUUAGGAAGAAAGAGGAAGACCAGACUUCCCAAGGAUAUAAGGGAGAUAAUGCUGUCAUUCCUUAUGAAACUACUGAUGAGGAUCCAAGGAAAAGGAACAUUUUGCGUAGCUUGAGGAGAACGACAAAGAAACCAAAGCCUAAGCCUCGGCCAUCUAUCACAAAGACUACAUGGGAGAGCAACUAUUUUGGGGUGCCUUUGACCACUGUAGUGACACCAGAAAAGCCCAUUCCCAUUUUUAUUGAGAGGUGUAUUGAAUACAUUGAAGCAACAGCAGGGUUGAGUACUGAAGGUAUCUACCGGGUGAGUGGAAACAAGUCUGAAAUGGAGAGUUUACAGCGGCAGUUUGAUCAAGAUCACAAUCUGGACCUUGCAGAGAAGGACUUCACUGUGAAUGCUGUAGCUGGAGCCAUGAAGAGCUUUUUCUCAGAACUGCCUGACCCCCUGGUACCCUACAAUAUGCAGAUUGAGCUAGUGGAGGCCCACAAGAUCAACGACAGAGAGCAGAAGUUGCAUGCACUUAAAGAGGUUCUGAAGAAAUUUCCGAAGGAGAACCACGAGGUCUUCAAAUAUGUGAUCUCUCAUUUGAACAAGGUGAGCCACAACAGCAGGACCAACCUGAUGACGAGUGAGAACCUCUCCAUUUGCUUCUGGCCCACCUUAAUGAGACCCGACUUCAGCACGAUGGACGCGCUGACUGCCACCCGUAUUUAUCAGACAAUCAUAGAACUCUUCAUCCAGCAGUGCCCCUUCUUUUUCUACAAUCGCCCCAUCCUCGAGCCCCCCGGUGCCAUGCCCAGCUCCCCCUCCGCCAUCUGUGCCAGCAUGCCUUUCCUCUCCUCCACCCCUGUGAUGGCCCAGCCAUCUCCUCCACAGACUCCCCCUCCCUCACCGCAGUCUCCUCUCCAGUCCCUUCUCCCGCCCCAGCUUCAAGCAGAGCAGCACACACUGUGAACCUUGGCCCAGCCGGGAAUGGAGGUCUGCUUCUGUUCUUGCACACGGAACGGAUUGGCAACUCGGCCCCAGCCCCUCUUGGCCCUCUCUCUUCCCCGCCACUCUGCUGCAGAGCAUCAGCCGGAUGGAGUGGGGACACCAUGGAGCCUCAGACCCACUCAGAGCCUUCCCCGUGCCUCAGUGCCUGGCACAGAAGGGCCAGCUCGGUUAAGGACGACGACGGACGUUUCUUUGAGCAGGGGAGAGGUCUGGGCCACUCUUGGCUGAACCUGUUCGAUCAGGAUCAAUUCUGACCCCGGCAGACCUGUAGACUGGCGUGAACACUGCCAAGCUCGGACUGGUGGCUCUGGACAAGUGAGUCUUGCCUCUGCAUGGACCGCCUAGAGCUGGACAGGAUACGGAGCCCCUCCAGACACAUUCCACGUGCUGUAACCAAGGCCUAUCCUGUACUGCUGGACAACUCAUCUAUGUUAGGGGGACCAUAAUUUCAGCUUAGACCAAUUCACACUACCCCGCCAUAGCUGCUCUGAAGGUCUGGACCAACACUUCUGAAAGGCUUUUUAUGUUUUGGCAAGGCCAGAAUGUAACUCUUUUUGUGACUUUUAAGUAAUGGCCAAUCAAAGUGGGAAGAAACACACACACAAAGAACACUACAAAAAAAAAAAUGAAAUGCUCCUGCCAUCUGCUGGUUGGGUUGUUUUUAAUCUGGCAAAGAAGUGUGAGACAGUGAGGCUCCUUUUUACUUGAGCAGAGAACUUGCCUACUUGGGUACAGUAGAGAGUUCCAGGGUGGGUGAGUGGAGGCAGCUAAGGUUGGUCUAGCUGUCUUCCUUGGACAAAUCACUACAUAUCUCUCGCCACCCUCCCUCCCCACCAGACAGAAUAUUGGUGUUAGCACUUAACAGAGAGGAAAGAGAGAGAGAGGGGUGAGCGUGUACAUGUUUUGCAAACACGGUUGAUGUUUUGCUGUCUGACUUGGGUUUUGAUUCCUUUUGAACACUUUGUUGAUGGAAAUACUUGGUGUGUGUGUGUGUGUGUUUGAAUGCAAGUGGUGGGGAUAGAAUCACAGCUUCUAAAAACAGUGCCACUAGAAAUGUUUUUAAGCAUAAAACACAAUGCAGAAAUGAAAUUGUGCGAGUGGAAGUCUGCCUUUCCCCCUCAGCCUCGGAGUUGGGAGAGGCAAAGAGCAUGACCAGUGCUGUUUUGGUCGCCCUCCGUUAAUGGCGUUGCUGUGGUCUUCUGGAGUAACUGAGUACAUUGCAGUUUUGGAGACCCAGAACCAAUGUCUGUGCAGAAAGAGACUCAACCCUCACCCAAACAGAAAGUGUACUUUACUGAUCUGCUGUUGGGUUCAAAUUAUACCCCAAGUAAGGGAGUUGCUUUAAGCAUAACACUAGCUGCAAAGAAGAAGAAAGACAACCCUGUUGGCAGUACAGGAAUAGACUGGAGUCAGUGAGUGACAUUUUUGUCCAUACAAACAUGGCGCUGAGCAGCAAGUGCUCGUCCAUUUCCUAGGCAAUGCAUUUGGAGUGCAAAAUGACCCCAGCCCCAUCAGCGUUUACGAAACCAUUCAAGUGAGGAGGGCAGUUGAUCUUAGCCGCGUUGAGGAAUGUGGAGUUGUAGAGAACUGAAAUCAACCCUCCUAUUUGGGUGAGGGUUGUUUUAAAAAAACACGCAGACCUCCUCAAGCCUCUUUUCCCAUCAAACCGCCUCGGCUCCAUUGCUCUUAAGUGGCCUGGGGGGGGGGGCACUGCGGAGGCCCCCUGCAGCCAGUCUCCCUUUGAACUGUUUGGUGUAUGGAUUUCUGCUGCUCAUGGCCAUGACGAAGCUCACUGGGGGGUGGGGUGGGGAAUCCAGUCGAUGGCAGGUUCUCAAAGCCCUUGGGCCAAACAUCCACCCAUGUGGGGAGUAGCUCUUUUGCCAGCCCCCCUGCAGAUGUGCAGUGCAUCUCUAGUGUACCAUGCAGACCUUUGCCUGCUGUUCCUGGGCCUGGCACCUGAGCAGCUCAUGCCCACCCAGCCCCCGCCACAGCCCUGGCUUCAUGCUGUGCAUGUUUGUGCGCAGUGGUGUGUGCCCAGCACCACUGUCAUGUGCCCUUGCACAGCACACUGCCAGUCACCACUUUCCCAUUGCCCAUGCCCAAAGCUGCUUCUCAUCAUCGCUCAAACUUGUGGUCUUCUCUGCUCUCUUCUGGCCAGGGGUGUGGCUGACAUUCAGCGCACCUGGCUGUGCUGUUCUGUGACCUCUUGUUUGUUUCCAUGCGCCUUGUGUGGAGCUCCCGGGCAGGCAGGAGCUCAUCCGUGAACCACUAGCAGGCAACCAGUCCCUAUUUCCAGUGCAGGCAUCAUUGAAAUGAAUGGUGGUUGUGUAGCAGAAAUGCCCAGUCGAGUGAGUGAGUGUGUGGAGUCGGCUGACUCUCAGUAACAGGGCAGCUUUUAACUGGAGUUUCCAUGGUACCACUGGGAGGACGAAAGGCAGCAGACCCUAUGCCAUCCUUUCUGUCUCUUCGCACUUUAAAGCAGAAUCUGUCGUUUAUCGCUGUUUUCAGCAUUUCAAGGACAUCCGAGUUGAAUUCAGUGGGUGUGGUGAACCCAAACACCUUCCAGAAUAAAACCAUCUUUGUCCUGCUCCCCUCUGAGAUACAGAGCCCCCUCUUCAGCAAAUUGACUCUCCUUUGAAUAAGCUGAAUUUUCUUUUAGAAAACACAUACACACACACUUAGAAGCUGUAUCGGUGGCAGGACCACAUGUGUGGAAGUACUGCUUCCGAGCAUCCCCCCCCCCCCAAGUUCUGAAUUCUCAUGCGUUAAAAUUUUGUGUAAAUAUUGAAAUUUUUUCGUUGGUGUUUGAGACUGUUAAAAGGCAAAUGAAAUACCCUGCUACCCUUUAAUUAUGCAUGCCUAACACUAAAAAGAAAUCCACGGGGAAGAGUAGGACAGAAGUGCUGGAAGGUUUCCCCUCUGACCUUCACCUGACAAGGACGGGGGUUGCUUCAUCUGUGCUUGGUUGUGGUUUUGAACUGCUAAGCAGUGGGGUUUGCCCCAAGCCACGCAGGCUGGGAAUACCCCUCCCUAUCGGGGCCAGUGACUACUGUGGUGUGUGCAAGGUAUGUUUCUGUGCCUUCUCUCUGGGUCUGCUGCUCAGCCUCUCUCUGUCGGACCUCUUAACAAGGAUUGAGGGGGCAGUCUUACUUGCUAGGCUAUCUUGAAUAUGUUAGGACAUUUUGGACUUGGACUGAGCUUUUUCCAGUUGCUCGUGGCCUGCUCCACCUUGACUUCCCCCACCCCCAGCUGAUUAUUGCCUGCUGAUGGUAAUUCAGACAAAUCAAUUUGCUGCUGUUGGCUGUGUUGAGUGAAAGAGAAGUUCAUGGCCUGCUCUGAGAACUUGCCCUGAUUGGAGGCUCCUGCGGCGGGGGCAGCGGCAGGCCUUUCGGUUCUCGCCAGCUGUCAAUCGGUAGCCUUGCAAUUCUGACCUCAGUUGCUGUGUGGGGGGAGCGGGGGGGGCGUGUGCAGUAGGAAGUGGCAUGCUUCUCUCUGCUGCUGCCUGGUUCCCUUGAAGCUGUGAGUCAAGGAGGCCUGCUUUGUUUGUAGGAUGGGAAUUGUGUACCUCGUAUAUAUGUUAGAAAAUAAGGGUGGUCCUCUAGGAAUGGCCCUUCCCAGUUCCAUCCGAGAUGCGUGCAGUCUUAGAAGCCUGCUGGAGAUGUACCGGUAAGCUUAGUGGCCCACUGUGGGGGAAGAGGGAUUUCCUGCAAGGCCAAGAGGACAACCGCUGUGUUAGUUUUCGGUCCAUGAUGUCUGUCCCUCUGCGGGAGCGACCAGACCAGGCCAUCUCUGCAAAUCUCUCUUGCUCUGCCUGCUCUGCACACUGCCACCCCCACCCCUUUGCAGAUGUCCUCCUAGCACACUGGACUAAAUCCACCUCUCUCCCCGCCCCCACCUCCCCAAGGGGAAAAAGAACCACACUACCUAAGACGCUGGUUGCAAAGGGCUCUUUUGAGGUGGUUGCUUGUGUGGAGGAGUGGAUCUCCGGCACCCACCCCCCGCUCUGCCUGGCCGGUGCUGCUGCUUUGCACGCGUGGCUGGGUGCCACUUCUGUCUUGUGCCAGCGUCGUCACGUCGCUUUGUGCAGCACUAAUAUUCCUUGACUUUUCCAUGGCUGAAGCAGCACUUCUGAGCUGGGGGGGGGGGGGCACAGAGGCCCCUCUGGUCCCAGCAGGACUCGGCCCCGGCUUCUCCUUCCAGUCGUCUGCAAACAGCCGCCCCUUCCACUGGCCCCCCGUAACCUUUUGUGCCUGUCCAUACUCGUUAGUGGCAGAAUCCUUCCAAAGUGUUCAUUUGCACAAGUUGGGCUCCCGCGUGCAUUUUUUUCACAGAAGCCUGUGAGGGCCUCCCUUGGCAAUCCGUGUUUCUCUGUGGGGAGUGAGGGGGACUGUCCCUUAGUGGAUCUUUCCCAAGAAGAUCUCUGGACCUUGCUGUUCCACGGUGGUUUUAAAGUGCCACAAUCUCCUGCCGCUCGCCUCCCUUUAAAGGACAAACCCAUCCUCCAGCCCUGUGGAGGUGGGGGGGGUUCUGGCAAACAUUUCAAGGCUGGCCCACCAGCUUUGCUUCCUGGGAGCAACCUGGUACUUCGUGGUUCAUCAGCUGAAUUACGUGUGCAACAUCUCUCUUUUUUUUUAAAGUAUUCUUUUUAAAAUAGUGUUUUUUGUUUUGGUUUUUUAAAAAAAGGGGGGAAAGCAACCCAGCAGGAUUCCUUUUAAGGUUCAUAAUUGCUUGUCUGGAUUAUUCGUCAUUGAUUUUGGUGACUCCACAGCCGUGAUCAGAGUCUGACUUGGCAUUUUUGUACAGCUGGCUUUGGGUUGCCUCACGGGUGGGGAUGGGCUUUGUAGUCCUCAGGCCAAACUGGGACUCCCACUCACCCCCCGCCCACUAGCUUAGUCUGUCUCUCUCUAAACUGGAGCUCUGGGUUAGUCUUCUGUAGAACUUCAAGCGAGGGGAGCAUCCCUAACCCUUCUGCCGCCGCUGUGAUAGAGCCUAGAUUUUACUGUUAGGUUUAACCACACACACACCCUUUUUAAAAAAAAAUUGAAAUACAAUAGAAAUAUUGUAUUUUAAAUGUAGUUUAAAGCAGGGCAUAAGUUAUUGUUUUUUAAAAAAAAUCCCCCCCCUUUAUGUUUUAAAAAAAGUCUCUGUCUUUCAAAUUAUAUGGGAGUAAAAGUUGUCCUGAAAAGUUGAGUUUAGUCCUGCAGUCAGCUCUCUCUUUUUCUUAUCUUUUCUUAUCUUUUUGCUUCCUGGUACUUGUAUUUUCACAUGUAAAAUGAUCUCUCUCUAUGUUGAAUUAACAUUUUUUGAGCUCAAAACGAAAGAAAAAUAUUAAUGGUAAUAAAAAUGUGUUAGUAGUUCCAGCUGAGUAUGUGCCCCAACAGUUUUUUUUUUUUAACCACAAGCAAACAAAAAAUAUCGAAAGAUCUGUAUGUAAAGAAAAGUAUAAUGGUUAUUUCUCUGUACUUCUAGGAGCCUAACAACUUCCUUUAGUUAUUGGUGAUAGAAUAUAUUUCCUUUUUUAUGCUUCUUUUAAGGACAUUUUUAACAACCUAUGGUUCUUUCCCCCACCCCAGGCCAAUCCAAUUAGUGCAUGAUAAUGUUGAAAGCUCUGGGCCACAAAAAGCCCUUUUUCUGCUGAGUUUAAAAGAAAAAAAAAUCAUGUAUUUGCUACAGAGUAUUGUAUGUGUCUCAAUGGGAAUGGUGUAAAAACUUAAAGGCCUUACGUGAUAUGUAUCAUAGUUAAUAAAUCAUCUUGUACAAAAAAA